AUGGAGUGUCACUUCAUGGUAAGACAAGGCAUCGUGCUAGGUCAUGUUGUUUCAAGAAAAGGAAUUGAAGUGGACAAAGCCAAGAUCAAUAUCAUCUCGACUCUACCACCCCUCUCGUCUGUUAAAGGAGUCUGGGCCAUGCCGGAUUCUAUAGAAGCUUGCAUGGAAGCUUUUACUACUUUGAAGAAGGACCUAACUUCAGCCCCUAUUAUCAUAGCUCCAAAUUGGUAUUUACCAUUUAAAAUAAUGUGUGAUGCCUCUGACUUUGCUAUUGGUGCAGUUUUAGGUCAAAAGAAGAACAAGCUUCCCCAUGUGAUUUAUUAUGCGAGUCGGGCCUUGAAUGAUGCUCAAAUCAAUUAUUCCACAACAAAGAAGGAGUUGCUUGUUGUGGUUUUUUCUUUAGAAAAAAUUCGUUCUUACCUUGUUGGUUCUAAAAUUCGAGACAAGAAGGGAUAUGAAAAUGUGGUGGCUGACCAUUUGAGCAGAAUUGUGAUUGAAGAACAAGGAGAAGCUGUACUACCCUUGAAUGAGACUUUCUCGGAUGAACAACUACAUGUUGCCCAAGUCAAAGAGCCAUGGUAUGUUGAUUUUGUUAGUUAUCUUGCUUGUGGUGUUUGUAGAAAUGAUCUAACUUAUCAGGACAAAAAGAAGUUCUUUUCCAUGGUGAAACAUUAUGUCUGGGAUGAACCUUUCUUAUUCAAACAUUGCCCAGAUCAACUCAUUAGAAGAUGUGUUCCAGAAGAAGAACAAGAACGCAUCCUUAGGAAUAGUCACGAAUUGGCUUGUGGAGGCCACUUUGGAGCUAAGAAAACUGCACUUAAAAUUUUGCAAUCAGGUUUCUUUUGGCCCACUCUAUUCAAAGAUGCACUUAAUUUUUGUGUUAAGUGUGAUAGGUGUCAAAGGAUGGGAAACAUAAGCCACAGGAACAAAAUGCCAUUGAAGAACAUACUCUUUGUGGAACUCUUCGAUGUGUGGGGUAUUAAUUUCAUGGGACCAUUCCCAUCUUCCUUUGGUUAUACCUACAUACUUGUUGCUAUUGAUUAUGUGUCUAAAUGGGUGGAAGCCAUAGCCACCAAAACCAAUGAUCAUAAGGUGGUGCUGAAGUUCUUGAGGGACAAUAUUUUCACAAGGUUUGGUACUUCAAGGGCUAUCAUUAGUGAUGGAGGCAACCAUUUAUGCAACAAGCCAUUCAAAGCACUCAUGAAGAAGUACAACAUCACCCAUCGAGUCUCUACACCAUAUCAUCCUCAAACUUCUGGUCAAGUAGAAAUAAGCAACAGAGAAAUUAAACACAUCCAAGAGAAUGUGGUGAACAAUACAAGGAAAUAUUGGGCUGCCAAGCUUAAUGAUGCAUUAUGGGCCUAUAGGACUGCAUAUAAGACUCCCAUCGGAAUGAGCCCUUAUUGUCUUGUCACCUGCCAAUGGAACUUGAACACAACACUUUUUGGGCCAUCAAGAAGUUGA